AUGCCCACCAUCAACAAGUACACACAAUUCAUGGAGCGUUUGGCGUUACGAACGCCCAUAAUUCAGGCUCCAAUGGCCAAUAUCUCGACUCCACAGGUCGCAAGCGAAGUCUACAAGGCUGGCGGCCUCGGAUCAUUGCCCAUGUCGACAGUGGACCUCACCAAGGACACAAAUCCCGUUUUUGACCUCAUCCACAAGUUCAGAGCUGGUGCAGGCGCCAAUGCUCCUGUCAAUUGCAACUUCUUCUGUUUCGAUCCCAAGGAACAGCAUGUGCCCACGAAAAACGAAGAGGAAAAUUGGAAAAAGCUCUACUCGAAGGCUUCUGGAGAACUGGUUGCAGAGAUUGACGCCAAAGUGGCCGAUUUCUCCUCAAGGGCCGUGGUUUCGUUUGCGGAGUUCGAACAGAACUACCCUACAGAAUGCUCUGACUUCAUUGCUCGGCUUGUAGACGCCAAAGUGGGAGUGGUCUCGUUCCAUUUCGGGAUUCCAUCGGUGGCUAACAUCCGCAAGUUCCAGCAAGGAAACGUGUUGGUGUUGGGUACAGCUACCUCACUCGCAGAAGCUCGGCAUUUGAUGGAGGCCGGAGUUGACGGCAUAGUGUGCCAGGGGUACGAGGCUGGAGGCCACCGAGGAAACUACUUGGGCGAUCCAAGAUUAGACGAGAAACUCCCGACGCUGUCGUUAUUUCAGCUAGUGGUUAGAGCAGUGACUACUGGUAAGUAUGGAGAGGCACAACGAGAGCCAUACAUUAUUCCGGCUGGAGGAAUCGUUGACGGGAAAACUGCAGCCACUUACCUUAAGGAGGGAGCAGCAGCGGUUCAACUCGGAACGGUGUUUAUUCCUGUGAAAGAGUCGGGAGCUCCAAGCUACAUUGGUGACUCCAUCGCAAAUGUCCGUGAAACUCCGACCAUCAUGACUCCGUUAGUGUCGGGACGAAAUGCGCGCACACUUGCAACGCCGUUCAUUGAGAAAUUAGUCACUGAACAGGAAAUUGCGCUUCCGCUUCUCCCAUUUGGAUACUCCACAUCUGCCUACAGAGACUUUGCGAAUAAACGAGCAGAAUACGGUUUCUAUUUGGCAGGGGCAAAUUAUCAUUUGGUAGACACCGAUAUGUCCACUGGAGAAGUAAUGGCUUCACUCGUGGCUGGUCUAAAGAAUAAUGGUGUUUGA